UUCUCUUAUUUCUCGUGUAGCGAGUCCCGAGCGCUCGCAAGCUUUCCCGCGAGCUUUUUCGACCGACCGACCGACCAGCGACGGCGUUUCUCGACCGUUUCGUUCGAUCGGGAGAGAGAGAGCCCAUAACGAAUCCCCUCUCUCGACACACAUCUACACGCGCCUACAUUAUUUUCCUCGUUCUUCCGCUCCACAGAUUGCAGUUCACUUUUUCGUGUUCGUCCCUCCCCCAUCCUCCUCCCGUCCUCUCUCUCUCUCUCUCUCUCUCUCUCUCUCUCUCUCUCUCGCUUGAUCGAAAAGGGGAUAUAGUUACUGAACGAGAGUGUGCGCGAGUGCAAGCGAGAAAAGUCUUACGCCGGAGAAGAUCGGCGAUAUACGUGAAUCAUCGAGGAAAAAAGUGACGUGUGAUUGUUGCCCGACGCGCCGCAGUCUAAAAGUAUCGUUUCGCGCGGAAGUGGUUCAUACCCAAAAGUUCAGUUUCGCGAGUGUAGCCGGCGGCGAUAAAUAAUAUCCCGAGUCGCGGAGCAUCAUCCCGGCGUGAGAGCGCAAAUGCACAAUCCGCGUCGAUCGAAAUAGAAUCGACUCUGCUCGCCUGCACCGCUGCCGAAGUUCUGUCUCUCUCGCGCGCGCGCGCGGGCCGAAUCGAAAGCAAAAAAGCUCCCAAGAGCCCAGCAGAUGUGAAUCCGAUCGGCGGCAAUGGCUGCGGCCAGGUACUGCGUGCUGGCGCUGCUGGUGCUGCUGGCGACCGGUCUCCUGUACACCAGCUGCGCGUUCCGCAUCCGCGACAGUCCGUCCACCUCGGAAGUCUGUCUCUCGGGCAAGUGCUUGGGGUCGACGCCGUCUCUCAGUUCCUCGUUUGCCGGCUCGUCGUCGUCGGCUCGACCCAGAAGAGGCUUCGAGCCCGUCAGCACGAGAGGGGGCUUCGCCAAAGGCGCCAGGCAGCAGCAACCACCUGACGAGGCGGAGGCUGCUGCCGGAGGAUCGGGGCUCAAGAAAAGAGACAAGAAGCUCCCGACGAGGCCGUGGUCUAAGCUGAGCAAGCUCGAGGAUGUCAGCGAGACAGAGGAGGACGACAAGCUUUCCGCCGCGGACAGGAUCGACAGUGACGACGAGGCGGUGCAGAUCGAAGUGGAGGACGAGGACGAGGUCGUGAUCGAGAGCGAGGAGGACGAGAGGCUGUUCAGAGAGAAGUCCAAACGAGAGGAGGAGGAUCGCAUGAGGCGGGAGAAGGAGGAACAGGAGAGGCGCAAGAAGGAAGAGGAAAAAAAGAAGAGAAAGCAGAGGGAGCUGGAAUUAGAGCGAAAGCGCGAAGAAGAGGAGGAGAAAAGGAGGACGGAAAAGGAGAAGGAAGAAAAGCGGAAGAGGGAAGAGGAGGAGCGUCGACAGAGGGAAGAGGCAGAGCGCUUGCUGAGGGAAGAAGCCGAGCAGCGUCUAAGAGAGGAAGAAGAGAGAAAGAUGCGCGAGGCAGAGGAAAAGAGGAUCAGGGAGGAGAAAGAACGACUCAGGCGAGAAGAGGAGCUGCGCAAGAAAAGUGAGGAAGAGGAGCGUCGAAAGCGAGAGGCCGAGGAGCGUAAGAAAAUGGAGGAAGAUGAACGGCGAAAACGAGAGGAGGAAGAACGGCUGAAGCGGGAGGAAGAGGAGCGACGAAAACGAGAGGAGGAAGAACGACUGAAAAAAGAGGAAGAGGAACGUCGCAGGCGGGAGGAGGAAGAGGAGCGUCUCAGGGAGGAGGAAGAGUGCCGAUUGAGGGAAGAGGAGGAAGAGCGUCUGCGAGAAGAGGAAGAACGUCGCAAGAGAGAGGAGGAGGAGAUAGAGGCCGAGAAGAAGCAAAAAGAGGAAGAGGAGCGCAAGAAGAAGGAACUGGAGGCCAAGGAGGCUGCCCGGAAGAAGAAGGAAGAGGAAGCCCGCAAGCGAAAGGACAGAGAGGAGCAGGAGGCCGAGCGAAGGAGGGAUGAAGAGGAAGACAAAAAGAGGGUAGAGCGAGUGAAGAGAGAGGCCGAGGAGAAGAAGAAACGCGAGGAAGCGGAGAAGAAGAAAAAACGCUCCAAAGUGAAAGCCGACGUGGACGACGACGACGAGGAAGACGAAGACGAAGACGACGAAGCGGCAUCGACUUCCAAAUCUCAAGAGAAAGCUACAGAGCCGCCAAAACCACCGAGCCUCAAGACAGCCAAGGAAGCAACCAAGUCCAAAUCCAAGCCGGAAGUCUCCAACAAUUCGAAGGCCAAACCGGCUCCCUCGAAGAAGCCAACAGCCGAGAAACCGAAGCCGAGGACGCCGGCGUCGCUCAGCCUGGCCGAGCUCAACGACGUGAUUCUUAGCGUGCCGACCUUCGUGCCAAAUUUCACAGCCGUCGAGGAUCCAGCCUGUCAACAGCACGGCAAGAUCUUUCUGCGCCAGCUGCGCGGUUACAAGCUCUGGGCGCUGCAGAUGCUGGACUCGAGCGCGAAGAUCCCCUCGGGCUUAUUGCGAGGCAACGUCAAUCAGCUGGGUGACUUCGAUCAGUGCCUGGGCGUAGCGGCGCGCGUCAAGGUCGAGGAUAAGACCGUCAAGGUGCGAGGAAAAUACUGUCUCGCGAGCAUGGACCUGUACGCGACGAGUCCGGCGACGAGGCUGCCCGUCAAUCUCCUGCAGAGCCGAGCUUUGAUCAGAGGAAACAUGCGCGACCCAGGACAUUUUGUGCCGAAAUUCACGACGGUGAACUGGGCUCUGUGCCUGCCCGCUGCUUGCUCAGCUGAAGACGCCCGUCGAACCGUUGAGAACGCGCUGGAGUAUUACAACUUGACCGUGGGAAUAAGGUUCGUCGUGGAUGUCGACCCGGACAUGUGCUAUGUUCAGCAGAAGGCGACGAGCUAUUCGAAGGAGACCAUCGGAGUUCUUUACUUCUACGCCAUCUUCGCCUGCUUGGCGAUCGUCGCUACGCUGAGAGAUCACUUCGCUACUUUGCAGGAAAAAGGGAAUUAUUCCGAGAGGAUAAUAAUGGCAUUCUCCCUGAAGAGAACUCUCAAAGUGCUGUUUGAAAAUAAAGAGGAAAGCUCCUCCGAUAUCGGCUGCAUCCACGGCAUAAGAUCCUUGUCGACGAUCGCCUUGUACGCGGCGCACAAACUGAUUCCGAUCUCGAGGGUGCCCUACGCCAAUCGAGUACAACUCACCGAGGUGGCAAGUAAUCCUCUGAGCACGAUUCUCCGAGCCUCGUUAUUUUACACCGACUCGUUCCUCCUGCUGAGUGGAGUCCUGACCGCCUACAACAUGGCGAAAGAGCUGUCGCGUCGCAACGAGAUCCGCUGGUUCUGUCGCUUCAUUGCGAGAUUCAUGAGACUGACUCCCUCGCUGCUGGCCGUUGUCUUCUGGUAUGCUUUUGUCAUGGAGCACACCGGAUCCGGGCCACAGUGGAAUUCGGCAGUCAAGGCGAACGCCGAUAUUUGCAAGGAGAACGCCUGGAUCAAUCUGCUUUACGUGCAGAAUUUCUUCCCCUUCGAGGAGAUGUGCGCGACUCACACACACCAAUUGGCUCUGGAUAUGCAGCUUUCUCUACUGGCACCGGCCCUCGUGUUUUUCCUGCAGAUAAAGCCCAUCCUUGGCAUCGUCAUCGUUUUUUUCCUCAUCCAGGUCUCGGCGACUCUACGAUACUUAGCCACGUCGAAUAACAACUUGUCGCUCGUCAUCUUUCACGGCAUGACAAUGAAGCAUCUCUACAAAACUGCUAAUCUGACCUACUCGCUACCUCUGCACCGAGCGACGCCCUAUCUCUUCGGGCUCAGCCUCGGUGUGCUUUUGCAUUAUACCGGCAAGAACGUGAGGAUUCACAAGAUUUUUGCCGCGAUAGGUUGGCUGAUAGCGUUAGCUCUCGGAUCUUGGUCGUUAUUCUCUCCGUGGCGUCUCGCAAGAAGAGAUUACGUGUACGACGUCGAGGAGGCGACGCAUUACGCUGUCAUAAGUCCGAUUUUGACAGCGCUCGCAUUGAGCUGGACAAUUUUCGCCUGCUUCACGGACCACGGAGGUAUCGUCAACCGGAUACUUUCGAGCUACUGGAUGAAGGUUUUCAGCAGACUGUCAUACGCUAUCUACCUCUCGCAAUUCGCCGUAUUUUUCUACUACGUCGGCUCCGCGCGUUAUUCGUCAGAAUUCCAACCACACAGAUCGAUUGACCUGUUCGAGGCACUGAACGUGUUGUCGGUGUCGGUCGUACUCACACUGCUGUUCGACAUUCCCAUGCAAGAGGUCAAGAACAUAAUCAUGGAGGUCAGCGACUCGCAGCCCGUCGAGGAGUCUGAGCUAGCCAAGGAGCCAGUACACGCGGAGAGCCGCAACAACGUCGGCAAAAGUUCCCAAGUUACGCCCUCGGAAGACGAGGAACCGAAUCCGUAUGGCUGGAACUGGAGUCGAGGAACCUUCAAGCCUGCCAAGUCAGAGCCGCGAGAGUACGAGGAGAACGGCGGCUACGACGAGCCGUUCCGCAGCUCGAGGCUCAAGCGACAGGACAUCCGGCGUCAGACGAUGAUCAGGUCCGAGGCUUACGACGAGUGGAGCGCCAACGGCAGCAGAAGAGCCUCCAGAUCCGAGGAGCACUUCGACGACGGCAGGAGCAGCCGGGGUGACUACAGCAGGAUUAGCAACUCCAGACUAGAGGACGAUCUGGACUACCUGCAUCCGAGGGAGAGGUACUUCGCGGGCAGGGGCGGAGAGUACAGUAGGUCGCCCAUGCGGGACCUGGACGCCCCCGUGUUCCGCAGGUCGGCUUCGAGGGAACGGCCCAUCUCCAAGGAACAAGACGUAUCAGCCAGGGAUUACGGUAAGAAGCCGCUCAUAACGAUCAGCAAAGAGGAGGACUACCAGCGGUCGCCGCGCUCCUCUAUGCCGCGUUUCUCGGACCAGCAGCGCUCGCUGUCCUCGGAGAGCGACUUCGACGGCUACGGGAGUCGUCACAGCAGCGCGAGCCACGGGCCUAACCGGAGAGUCUCGGCCGAGCCGCGGAUCAGCGACGAGGACGACUGGGAGGAAGACCUGAGGAUUCGACGCGGCCGCUACCUGCAGGAGAGGGUGAGCUCGCAGGAGCGCGACAGACCGCCACCGGUACUCGAGGAGGAGAGCAGCGGCGGCGACGACGAGUGGGCCGACUCGCUGAAGCGGCGCUCCUCGGCCGAGGGCAAGAUGGCUCUGCUGAAGGAGCCCCUGAGACCCGGCAACAUGGAGCUCUGGACUGUGUCGAAGAUGCAGCUCGGCUCCUCGCAGGAGCCCGACGACGAGGAGCUCGACGAGGAGAUGUACCUGCAGCAGAGGCGGGAGUACAGGGAGCAGGGCCCGCCACUGAGGGAAGAGUUCGAGGGCGAGGAGCUCGAGGCGGACGAGCAACAGACGGGCUACGCGACCGAGAGCUUGCCCACCUCCUUCGAGGAGGACGACGUGGCCAUCUUGGAUUUCGUGCUCAAGAGGAACAGCAAGAAGAUCACGGUGCAGGACCUGAGUAAGCUCUCGCCCGACAAGGACAUUUCCGCGGACCACAGCUGGAAUAAGCUGGACGUCAACAAGUCCGGCUUGUUCAAGCGAGAGUCGAUAGUCAAGAGCCAAGCCAGCGAGGAGGAUCCGGAGUAUUUGCUCCCGGAACGACCGAAGCUGGUCGAGCAGGAGCAGGAGCAUCCGUUCAAGAAAGCCUGGCAGAUGCAAAAGUCCAGAUCCGAGGAGGAGGGUCCUGCUGGCUUUAUCGUCAAGGUCCAGGAGUCAAAGUCGGCUGUCGUUACUCAGGACAAACAGAAGAACAAACCCGAGGAGGAGAAGAAGGAGGAAGAGGACAAGAGCGAUCGCGACGGUGCUCAGUCGGAGGACAUCCCCGAGGCAGACGUGACGUGCGACGUGACGAUCGUCUGGCAGCCGCGACUCGGCGAGACGGAGGACGCUAAGAGCAGCACCAGGAGCGAGACCUCCUCGGCUACUUCGUCCCAGAGGUUCGAUUGGCCCGACGAGGACGAACAGCACGAGGCCCAGAAGAGUCGAAGGAAGUCCGACGGGGAUAACUGGGCCUGGGACACUUGACUAAGAUGCCAAAUCGCUGCGAGAGGAGAGACUUUGCGAUGUAUUUUAUAUAAUAUGUGUACGAGCUCUGAAAUCCCUGUUGGUAGAGAAAGAGAGAUUCACCAGUCCGAGAUCGUAGUUUGGACGAUUUUUACAUGUGGUCGGUUUUUUACGUGUUUAUUACUGUAUACAAUUUAGUGGAUGGGGAGUUUGGGGUCACCAAAUCGAAUUUCAUAAGCGUAUGGUGCUUUAUUCUAUGGGGCUUUUGAAAAAGCACGCAUAACGAUUAUACGAAAAAUUGACUUUUUAUUUAAUUUACAAGGGAGGUUAAUCGUCAUUUUGUUGUUAGUACAUUUUAACGUCACCUGUAUCCUCGACAUCUUCAUCACCGUUAUAUAUUAUAUUCGUGAAUCCAAUUCGGAGAUCAUGUUAAAAUUCAAACUAUAUACACAUUUUCGAUUAUUUACAUGCUUACAACGAACUUUAAAACGAACAAAACAGCCUUUCACUACCUAAUUUCGAGAAUAUAGUGCUCUUAAGAAUACAAAACGCUUAACUAUUCUAUUUGAAUAAGCGAUGCAUUUCGUAGUAUAGGCUGGCAUCGGUCGCAGCCGCUAUCGCCCGGAAGACAAUAAUUUAUACAAAGUCCGAGUAAUAAUUCGGAUUGACAAUCAAGGUAGCGAAGUCGGCAGGCGUAUGAUUAAUGACUUACAUUAUUGUAUAAUGAUUAGAAAAAAAAAUAUUCGUAAAUAUACAACGGAUUAUACACUCUCUGCGAGUAUACAAAACUUCGCGCGAAUAAUCGCAUAAUAAGAAUACAAAGUCCUUGCAUCAACCGCGUCAUUAGCGUUGAGCAACGAUCGCGAAUUUUCCAUCUAGUUCGCGCACUGCAGCGAGACGCCUGUAGAGCAGUAGAGACAAGGCACACGGGAAAAAACAACUUAUCGAUAUAAGAACCAGACUCAAGCCUCUGUGGUGGUAGUUUCCUCGCUCUCGGUUUUCUUCGUCAGCGUGGCCGAUGACUUCCUUUCUGUCGACAGAGAAAAAGAAACGAGACGUAUAAGUACACACAGGUGCGCUUAUUACGCGUAAUCCAUUUUCGUAACGUGUUCAUUUGCGUUCGCCGUAUACGAGUCGCAGCGCCUUCAAGUUACAUAUCACGUACAUAAGUAUACACUUACCGCGGCGCAAGAAAAUCCUCUCGAUACCGAGAAUCGGCGACUCGAACAUCGUCGAGAGCAGAACCGCUCCGCCGAACGUCAGCAUAAGAUGCGACAACACCUUGCCCAGCUACGGGAGAAUGAAAAUUAUCUGUUGUUAAUGUAUUGAAAUGAAUAUAUUAAGUAUAAAAUAUAUUUACGUUACAAAUA